CAUCUGACAGCAGCUAACCUUAAAAAUUUUUUCGUGUUUUUUAAUUGAUUUUAAUUUUUUUCAACUUGCUUUGCAAAUAGUGCUGCAGGCCUUUCAGUUGGAUUGUUGUUGAGUUAAGCAAACAGUAGACAUGAAUAACGGUGCUUAUAAUGCUCCCAAUUUUCAUCUGUCCACUGUGGCCGUAGAGUCCAUGUGCCAGCAAUCCACAUACCAGCAGCGCACCUAUGUGGAUCGCACACGCAUUGCUGUAACAGAUGUUUUUGUACGUGAGCAACGCUCCUGGUCAAUGAGCACGCCGACGGUGCAAAUGCGUGCCGCUCCAGUGUUUGUACAGACGGCUCGUGCUGCCGCUGGCACGUGUGCCUAUAUGGGUGGAUCAGCUGCAGCAGCAGCAGCGUCUGCUCCUGCACAUCACCAUCAUCAUCAACAACAUCAUCAUCAUCCAACUACAGCGCAGGCGCAGACGCCACCUUUAGCGCAAGCGCCGCAACAGCAACAACAGCAGCGUCGCUUCAAUUAUAUGUCCAUGCCGGGUAUGCAGUACUAUGCAUCCAGCUCAUCAGCUUCUAUGAGCUCCUAUGGGCACACCUAUGUGCAGCACUCGGCAACUUCAGCAAAUAUGAGCGGCUUGUUUGUGCCGCCGUGUACACAUGCGCAGAUGCGCGCACAGCAGCCACAGUGCAAGGAAGCAGCCAGCCAGACUGCAGUCAAUGUAAAGCGCUGCUGUGAUGCAGCCACCCAAACCGAUUUGAUAGGCGAUGCACCGCCAAUGGCCAAACUUAGGCAGCAGGGCGAGCACAAGCGUGCAUCCUCUUUGGAAAGCUUUUGGAGUCAGGGCGUGCCGCAGGCUGGACGCCGUAAUUCGGAAGUGGUGCUGCCCAUGCAGCGUCUACAUGAUCUAACACGCAUUUCGCUGCAGGGCAGUGACAUUGCCGAGCGUUUGGCCAAUGCGCAUCGCCAGCGUCCGUGUUUCAAGAAAAUGGAUACGCUAUGCGCACGCUUAAAGCAGGAUCUGCUGCGUCCGGAUGGCGUGCUGCCCAAUAUAAACUCGCAGGGCAUUGCUUGGGCAGUUAAGGAUUUCAUAUUUGUAUUUACGCGCAUUGUUAACUCUUGGGUUAUACUCAAAGGCUAUGUGUACAAUACGCCAGAGGGUUUAAACAAAAUCAAAGACGAGCUGCCCAUGGGCUUUAUGGCUGCAUUUGAUUGCUGGCAAGUGACUUCGCUGGCUUUAGUCGAGCUGAUUAUAAAGUCCUUUGUCAAUCUGGACAGCAUGCUGCAGAAGCAAAAGAACAGCUUCAGCAAAACUGACAGCAACAACAACUGGAGCAGCAAUGACAACAGCAGCGACUCCAAUUCAAGCAAUAAGACUAUAGGCUAUGCUGAGCCAGCAGCGCCAGACAACAUAGUUGAUGCCAGUCCAAGCGCACAUAGCACGCCACAAGCAAAGCCAGCGGAGCCGCGCACUAGUCCAAGCACAGAAAAUAAGCCCAAGUAUAAUUUGGACUUGAACUAUUUGUAUACAAUGAUACAAGACUCGGAGGAGGCGCAGCGUUGUGUUAAUGCCAAUGGCACUUAUCUCAAAACGGGCACGUAUACACCAUUGCGUAAGGAUGGCAAUCCUUUGGAGCAAUAUGCUGCCGCACAGCUGCCAGCAGCUGCACAGUGGAAGUUCAAGCAGCAGAAGCAGCCGGCGGACUGCCAGCCCAAGUUGGCUAAACGCAGCAAGCUAGCUGAGGAUCAGGCCAAUCUGCUGGCACAGGAAAUGGCACGCAUGCUAUACGAUUUGAGUAAUCGCAUACUCAAGCUGGAGAGCAUUGAUCGCUUCUUUCAGAAGCAGUUUACACGCAACUAUUAUCCGUAUUUCUUUGAGCGCUGUCAUCUACAGUUUAUUGAUGUGCGCGCCAUUGUGCUGAAGUGCGAGAGCGCCGCCUAUCAGCAUAUAUAUCAGCCGAUACACGAUCUGCGACGCAUUAUCUAUUUGGUGCGCAAUGAUCUAAAGGAACAUACCAAUAUGGACUUGCGUCUUUAUACGGCGCUUUACGAGCGCGCUGUGAAUAGCAUGCUGACCACGCCCCCUUAUAUGCUGCAGCAUUUUGAGCACAUAACUGGACGUCCCGGCGAGCAGCUCUUUAACUUUGUUGCUUGAAGAAGUCUCAAUCAAUCGAAUCAAGCAAACUAAGUUAUAAAAAAAAUUUUAUAUUUUUUUUUACCAAGCUCAAAGUUGCCAAGUUUAAAACACAAACUGCAUACACAAAGUUAAAGAAUGCUAGUUUUUCAAAAUAUUGUCAUACACACACACAUACAUACAUACAAUUCAUUUUGUCAAGUGUCAAAUUAUUUUACUA